AUGGAUGGCGAGUCGGAGGCGGCUGCCAUGGUUGGAAUAAGGUCCCUCCGUUCUGUCUCCCUCACUGGGUUGUCUAUGUUGGUGCUGCUAUCAACUGAUUUUGGUCUCCAGUUCUUUGGUGGUUCUCCGUUCUGGGAUUUCGGUUGUUGGAUCUGGUUUGAGGCCUACGACAGGAUGGACUGGAAAUUCUUGGAAGAAGCCAUGAAAAAGAUGGGGUUUGUGGAUCAAUGGAUAAGUUGGAACUUGGAAUGCAUCAAAUCUGUCAAGUUCUGUGUGAACCUCAAUGGAAAGUUGCUGGACAAGUUUACCCCAUCAAGGGGUAUCAGACGGGGCGACCCCCUCUCACCCUAUCUUUUCCUCUUUGUGGGGGAAAGCCUUUCUGCUCUCCUAAGACAACAAAUCGCCGCUAGGAAUUUCCAAGAGCUGAAAAUCACAAGGAAAAGUCCAGGAAUUUCUCACCUUCUUUUCACAAAUGAUAGCCUGCUAUUCUUUCAAGCUAACCCUGAUCAGGCUACUGUGAUCAAUGAUGUUCUGAGAAACUACGAGAAAGGGACUGGUCAGUUACUUAGCCCUUCUAAAUGUUCUCUUAUGCUGGGUCAACAUUGCCCGGCUGAUGAUGGCAACAGAGUUGCCGAAGUUCUAAAAGUUGAAACCAUGACUAUGGAUGAGAAGUAUCUAGGCCUCCCUAUUCCAUAG